UUGAGGCUGGUCUAAAACGAGCGUCUCUUGUUGCUAUGCAACUAAGAAAGGACCUAAAUAUUACGCCCGCCAUUUUGAAAAAACUUCAUUAUAUGAACUUGAACUGUACGUGAAAGGUUGGAGAGACUCUUUCGAUUUUCGAUAAAAAAUUAGGAUGUGAUGGCAUCCCUACACUCAGACAGAUCAGAGCAUUUUCCUAAAAUUCCAAAACAGAGGCUUGUAGGGGCAAAACCCGGCACACAACUCACUUACUUCGAAGACUCAGGUGUUGAUGUGCGCGAGCUAUGGAGGGACCAUGGCAAUGAGAGACAGUUAUAUAGAAAUUCUCCACCGAUGAUCAUAGGGCACAGAAAAUCUGGCAGUCAGAACAGUUCUCGAACGAGUUCACCUAUUCCCAGACGAAAUGAGGUUGAAUCAGGGGCUAUUGUUUGCCGUAGUCCCUCCAUUUCAUUGGAACUUGGAUCAUCUCUGGAUGAAAGUCAGCUUUUCAGAGAUAAGAUUUCAAGACUUCAACAAGAAAGAGAACAUUUAAGUUCACAGUUAUCACACUACAGACAAGCUGCAGAAACUGCACAAACAGACCUUGCUGCUGAAAAAGUGGUAUCAUCUGGUUUACAGCAAGAGCUAAGAGAAUCUCAGCAGAGAAUAUCAGAAAAGGAUCAACAAAUUAUUGAGUUCAAGUGUGAGAUUGAAAGCAACAAACAAAAUGCAGCUAGACAGACAGCACUGGUGCAUUCCCUCCGUGAUAGAAUACGAGAAGCUGAGGAUGAAGCAACAGAGAAGGAAAAUUUUGCAAACCGUAGUGAUGUCACCAUAUCAUCUUUGAAAAAAGAAAUACAAACUCAGCAAGAUCGUCUGCAGCAGGUAGAGUCAUCACUCAAGCACCACAUUGCCGCUGAGGAGGAAGCCUCUGGCAGAGCUGCCAAAUGGGAGAGUAAGUAUGGUGAGAUGAAAUCCCAGUUGACUCAAGCUCUGCAGCUGGAUGCAUCUGAAACUUUGUCUGUGUCUCUGCACUCUCUUAUUGGAAGGAUUGCAGAAAUAGCCAGAGAGAGGAACAGUUUGCAAGAAAAAGCAAGUGCAUUGUCUCGUAAUCUACAUGAAAGUAACUUGGAGUCUAAAGCCAGCAGGGAAACCAUAAUGAGAUUGGUUUCAGAAGUGGGACAAGAGAAGAAGAGUUCUGGUCAGAGUCAACAAACCAUUAACAGCUUAACCAGAGAAAGGGACACUUUGCAACAAAAGAUCAGAGAAAUGGAAAUUGAAAUUGAUCGAAUGAAACAUCAGCUAGCAGCAAGUCAAGAUGCCUGGGGGGUCACCAAAAAAGAACUUGAUGAAAAAGAAAAUAAGCUGCAGGAGAUGGAACAAACACUGCAAACCAGUGCAUACACUGGCCAGUCAGCUCAAUCAAAGCUACACAACUUCAAGCGGCAUCUGGCGCAGCUGAUUGGAGAUUUAGAUGAUUCCAUUGCGGCUGAAGAAGAUGCCAUCGUUUCUAAAGUAAAGAAUGUUGUCAGAGAUUACAGGGAUGUCAAAUCGAGAGAGGAAUCAUUGAAGGUCCAGUUCAAAAACCUAUCAGAGGAGCUAGAAAGCCAGAGAAACCUUCACCGCACUACUCUAAAACGAGCCAACGAGGCAGAGACCCAACUGAAAGAGAACCAGCAACGUGUGACGGGACUUGAAGGAGAACUUCUUACUUCUGACGUAGAGAGAGAUCAACUGAAAGACGACAAGAGAAAGUUUGUAACCUUUUGUGAAAAACUGGCCCGUGUCAUGAAACUGGAUGAAAUCGCUGAUGAUGUUGGUUUGGAUGUGAACGGUGAGGCUUUGUUGGCGAGAGGAGAACAGUUAGUCAAGCUAGAGGCGGAUGCUCUGGAUGAUAGGAAGACAACAAUUUAUAACCUGCAAAGACGACUUAAAUGGUCCAAACAACAGAUGGAGAGCAAAGAUCUACACCUGGGGUUACUGAAAAAGAAAGUCUCCGAACUUGAAGAACUUUUGCGCGAAAAAGGUCGCGUUGAAGUCGAGAGAGACGAGAACUCGAUCAGAUACAAGAAACUUGUAAAACAUAAUGAUAAAUUGCAGAGAGAAUUGCUUGAUUAUAAACAACAAGUGACCAAUCUAAAGGCAAAAUUACUUGAGGCCAGCGAACUUAGGGUGAGAACUUUGGAGCAAGGAAAAACUAUCGAAGAACUAGAAAAUGCAAUUAACAAACUUGCCAAGAGUAAGCACAAGACUUCAACUGAACUGCACGACUUGAAGAACGAAAUGGAAAUGACGGAGAACGAGCAUCGAGAGAAAAAAGCACGAUCUUCCGAGACUGUACAGCAACUAAACAGUGAAUUACAAACAACGAAACGGGCUUUGGAAGAGAGCAGAGUUAGAGAAAAACAGUUGCUGGAUUUCCGUCAAGUCUUAGCUCGCCUUCUUGGUCUCGACAUCAACACGCUUUCGGUCCCAGAUUACGAGAUCAUUUCACGGCUGGAACGUCUAGUCCAGGCCCAUCACGCGCACUCGAUCACCACACACAGCCUGGAGGCCAGUCUCCAGGAUAUGGAGAGCGGCUUUCGCGCGGGUUACGAUGAUGCUGUUGCCAUCCUAAGAACGCCGUCGCCUGUAAAAGCCUCGUAACAUAAACUGUGGACUACAUGUUAAAUAUGUAAAUAACCAUACAUCGAAAUAUCGUAAGAUUUAUAAGAAGUAUCUAGCCUCGGGAUUUAUAUACUUAUAAGUUUAUACCUAUGUGGCACUCGUCGCUGUUGCCGGGACUCACAUUAAGAGACACAAGCUCGUUGUUUACACUAUGCUUAAAUCACCAAAGUAGUUUUUCUUUGUCCAAAUUCAGCUGCUCGAGAUUUUGUGAAGAAAUUGAGGCCGGAAAGAACCCUUCAAAAUCGCAGCUGUGGAUCUAAGGAAAAUUUUGAAUUUUGAGUUGUUAAAAAAAAACCCAUCACUCUCGAUAAAUUUUCGAAACAUUUCAAGCGUAAAGUUUGUCUCUCUUUACCUUUUUUUUUUUAAUUAUUAUUUUAUUUUUUUCACAAGCGGUGGAAUAGCAUAGUCAGUCAAAGAUUUUAAGAUAAAGCAAAAUGAAAACACUUUUUUGACAUUAUAGAGAGCUUCACGCUUGCCACAUUUCUGAGUGAAAAUUUGGCAUCUCCGUCUUUGGAAUAGCAUAGUCAGUCAAAGAUUUUAAGAUAUAGCAAAAUGAAAACACUUUUUCUGACAUUAUAGAGAGCUUCACGCCUGCCACAUUUCUGAGUGAAAAUUUGGCAUCUCCGUCUUUGGUAGGUGUCUAAUCGCUUGAAGAAAUGCUUCUUAACUCUGAUAAAAAGGUGUUUACUUGGCUGCACAAUAUUUUGCGGCCGCCUUCAUUUGAUUGCUAGUAGGUUAUCAAAGGAAGUGUAUGG